CAUUGAUGCGAGCACGAGCCCUCCGCAGAAGGAUCAAUUAUAAAUUAAACCAAAGUCUUCGUCUUCAACACUCAAGUCUUCAAUUUUUCUUGAUCCAUAUUUCUCUAUUUCCUUCUCAACACAGAAAACCCUAAUUCCUUUAUCAAAACUCAAACCACAGAAUGACGGAUCAACUCCUGACUGAACCUCCACCUCCCAACACUGAUCUCUCUGAUGACUUCAAUUCCCUCCCAAUUCCACCUCUUGAUCCCAUGUUCUUCUCCGCACAGAAUUACACCUCCUCAUCCGACGAUCUUGACUUCGUUCUUGAUGAUAACUGCGAUUUUGAUAUCUCCUUUGAGGAUCUCGAAAAUCUCCACUUCCCUUCCGAGUCUGACAAUUUUUUCCUCCCUGACGGUCAUUUUGAUAAUUUCACAUCCGAUGUGAACAGGGUCACGUGUUUGAAAAAGGCUGAUACUAGCCCCGACGAGGCCAAAUUCUCGGUUAUGGCCUUGCCCAAGUCAGGUGGUUCUGGAAUUUCGGCCAACGGCGACUUGUUAGAUGUCGAAAAGUACCUGAAUUACUCGACAUCGCCUCAGAAUUCGGGUAAUCAGAGCUCGAAUUGGGAUUCUAAAUUAUGCCAGCCCUUGCCUUCUCAGGGAUCCGGGAAUUUCGGGUCGGGUUUUUCAUCUGGGAACGCUCCGUCUCCUGAUUCGGGUAAUUUGGUGGUUGAGCAGAAAAUUAAGGUGGAGGAAGUGAACAAGAGUAUCUCUAAGAGGAAAAAGAGUAGUGAAGAGACGAAUAGCGAUUUAAGAAGCUCUAAAUAUCAUAAAUCGUCGUCUAAUGAGAACUCUAAUGAGAAUAUGAAUGAGGAGAUGAAAAGGAAGGCUAGGCUGAUGCGAAACCGGGAGAGCGCCCAGUUGUCUAGACAAAGAAAGAAGCAUUACGUGGAGGAGCUAGAAGACAAGGUGAGAGCUAUGAAUUCUACAAUUGCCGAAUUGAAUGGUAAAAUAACAUUUUUUAUGGCUGAAAAUGCCAGUUUGAGGCAACAGUUGAGUAGCGGCAGCGCAAUGCCGCCAACAACACAGGGGCAUCCCCAUAUGGGGGUGUACCCACUACCUCAUAUGGCGGCAAUGCCGUAUGCCUGGAUGCCUUAUGGUACACCUUAUAUGGCAAAGCCACAAGGUUCCCAGACCCCAUUAUUGCCUAUCCCCAGGUUGAAGACUAACCAGAAUUUGUCUCCUGCUAAGGCUAGGAAGAAUGAUGGUAGUAAAUCUAAUAGUAAAACUAAGAAGGUUGCUAGUGUUAGUUUUCUGGGUCUGUUGUUUUUUGUGUUGUUGUUUGGUGGAUUGUUGCCUCUUGUGGAUGUUAAGUAUGGAGGUAUGAGGGAUGGUGCUUCUGGUGGUUACUUCAGUGGUAGAUUAUAUGAUCAGCAUAGAGGGAAAGUUUUGUCGGUUAAUGGGCAUUGGAAUGGAUCUCAUAAGGAUAUCGGGAUUGGAUUUUCUAAUUGGAAAUUUGAUAUUGGUGAUAAAGUACAUUUUCAGAGAGAUAUUGAAAAGAAAGGGAGAGGGUCACAGGCAUCACCUGGUUCAGAUAAGUUUGUUAAUCUGGGCAAUGCAAGUGAGCCUCUUGUUGCCUCUUUGUAUGUGCCGAGGAAUGAUAAGCUAGUGAAGAUUGAUGGCAACUUGAUAAUUCACUCUGUUCUGGCUAGUGAGAAAGCUAGGGCUUCCCAGGAGGCUUAUUAUGAGUCUUCUAAAGUGGAUAACAAGAGGGAGACUGGUCUGGCUCUUGCCAAAGCUUUGGCUAUUCCUGACAGAGGGAAUGGCGGGAGGCACUCACAUGUAUACAGAAAUCCUGCUGAGCGACAGAAGGCCAUCUCUUCUGGUUCUGCUGAUACCUUGACGUCAACAUCAGCAGACAGUAAGCUGCAGCAGUGGUUCCAAGAAGGUCUUGCAGGGCCACUGCUGAGUUCUGGAAUGUGUACUGAAGUCUUCCAGUUUGAUGUGUCACCAGCUUCUGGUCCUGGAGCCAUUGUUCCUGCAUCAUCAGUUUCUAAUAUUUCUGUGGAAGACCGUCAAAAUGCUACUCGUUUUAGCAAGCGGAAAAAUAGAAGGAUUCUCCAUGGUCCUCCAUUUCCUCUUAAUGGCUCCAAUCAAAAUAUUAGCAGGGAAAAUGUGGAAAGUAAGUCACAGAAGGACAGCUUUCAAGGUAAUAAAUCUGCUUCUUCGAUGAUUGUCUCAGUGCUUGUCGAUCCCAGAGAGGUUGGUGAUGGCGAUGUUGAUAGCACAAUCACUCCAAAGUCAUUGUCUCGGAUUUUUGUUGUUGUGCUUAUGGACAGUGUCAAGUAUGUCACUUACUCAUGUGUUCUUCCUCGGUUUGGUACUCAUUUAGUGACUGCUUAAUACUGGAAGUAGCUGGAAGGAGGGAUCGACCACCAGCUGACAGUUUUGUAUGUAAAAGAACAAUUAGCAGCUUAGUUUUAGUUAUCAACCUUCUUAUGCACUGAGUUUCCUAUACUGACUUGGCAUACUGUUCUAAUAGUAAAUCUUUGAGGUCUUGUAUUAAACCAUGUGUCCACCCAACUUGAUGUUUAAGUUCUAGGUCCUCAAGAAUGUUAUGUUUGAUGGAUAACAUAUUAGGGCUAAGAUGCCAUUGCUUUUUAAUUGGUGUUGACUAUGGAACAAUGUUUUUUAAUGUUCUACUAAAUAUACAGAACUUUACAUUUCUGAUA